AUGCAAGGCAACCAAACGAUCCUCGAGCCCCCGGAAGCGGGCGCAGUGGGCGCCAACGCCCGAGGCGCAGGAAAGGGCACCAUGAACUUCUCGUUCGACAAGUCUUAUUGGAGUGCCGGACCGAGGGACGAGCCCGGAUAUUGUAGUCAACAGACGCUGUUCGAUGAUCUGGGGAACGACCUACUGAAUCAUGCGUUUGGCGGGUUUAAUGCUUGUAUUUUCGCCUAUGGUCAGACUGGUUCGGGAAAGUCAUACAGUAUGAUGGGCUACGGCGCUGACAAGGGCAUUAUCCCGCUCACUUGCAACGAGCUCUUUGUUCGGUUGGACGCCAAAGCGGCGGCGGAUCCCAAUUUGAGCUUUACGGUCGAGGUGUCAUAUAUCGAGAUCUACAACGAAAAAGUGCGGGACCUGCUCAAUCCGAAGAACAGCGGUAACCUGCGCGUUCGCGAGCAUCCAAGUUUGGGUCCGUACGUGGAGGAUCUGAGCAAGUUGGCGGUGAAGAGCAAUGAGGAGGUUAUGACGCUUAUGGACGAGGGGAACAAGGCUAGGACGGUCGCGGCUACUAAUAUGAAUGAGACGUACGUGCUCUCGCUUUGGUUUGGUCUGGGUGUAUGGAGAUGGAUGGGAUCUAUGCGGGAAUGCCAUGCAAUGUCCUCUCGCUCACACGCUGUCUUCACCCUCAUCCUGACUAUGAAACGCCACGAUAACGACACCAACCUCGACACGGAGAAGGUCUCGCGUAUCAACUUGGUCGAUCUCGCAGGUUCAGAGCGUGCGAACUCGACCGGUGCGACGGGUCAGCGACUCAAAGAAGGCGCCAACAUCAACAAGUCGCUCACUACGCUCGGAAAGGUCAUUUCGUCGCUCGCGCUUGCAUCCAACGCGCCAACAAAGGGCAAGAAGUCCGCGGCCGAUUUCACGCCCUAUCGUGACUCCGUUCUCACAUGGCUUCUGAAAGACUCGCUGGGUGGCAACUCCAAGACAGCCAUGAUCGCCGCCAUCUCGCCUGCCGACUACGAGGAGACGCUGAGUACACUUCGAUACGCUGACCAGGCGAAGAAGAUCAAGAACAAGGCUGUCAUCAACGAAGAUCCUAACGCGAAGCUUGUGCGCGAGUUGAAGGAGGAGCUCGAGAUGCUGCGCGCCCGUGUCGGUGGAGCAGCCAGCGAAGCGACCUUCGAUCCCACCGUCCCCCCGGAGAAGCAGAAAGUCACCUACCAGACCAAGACCGGCGAAAUCAAAACCGUCACGAAAGCCGAACUAGUCGACCAGCUCCAAUCCUCCGAAAAGCUCAUGCAGUCCCUAAACGAAACAUGGGAAGAAAAGCUCGAGCGCACGCAGUCCGUACAGAAGGAGCGCGAAAAGGCGUUGGAGGAGCUGGGCAUCACGGUCGAGAAGAAUAACGUCGGCGUGCAUACGCCCAAGAAGGCGCCGCACCUGGUUAAUCUGAAUGAGGACCCGCUUAUGAGCGAGUGUCUGAUUUAUCAGCUUAAGGAGGGGAGGACGACGGUGGGAGGGAUGGAGACGGAUAAGGUGGUGCAGAUUAGGUUGAGCGGGGAGAGUAUUUUGGAUGAGCAUUGUUGGUUCGAGAAUAAGGACGGGAAGGUCACAUUGCAUGCUUUGCCCAACGCCAAAACCUUCCUGAACGGCCGCCAAAUCUCACCCGACGAAGCAUGCAAGCUCCGCUCAGGCUACCGCGUCAUUCUAGGCGACCACCACGUCUUCCGCUUCAACAACCCCGAGGAAGUCCGCAAGCAGCGUAAACGGGCCACGAUGAAGUCGUCCCUGCACACCUCCAUCACAGCCGAAGAGAUCGAAGCGAUGAAAGCCGAGGGCGCGGAACGUCCGCCCUCGCCCGCCACAUCUGAGGAGGACGAUAAGGACGUGGACUGGACGUACGCGAAGCGCGAGGCGGCACUUGCGAAGCUUGGAUUGGAUCCGGCUAUCGACAGUCUCAGGGACGAAGAUCUGAAUAAGCUCUAUGAGCGCGUCACGAUGGUCAAAUCCAUGCGCGAUCUCUCCGCUCGACCGCGACCCGAGAGCUCACUUAGUCUGAGCCAGCAAGACGACGUCUGGAGCGAGAACGGCAGUCGGACUCCGUUCGGUGGGGACGCGCUUACGGACGAUACGAGCGUCGAUGCUGGUGGUGCGUCCCCCGACGCACAGGCAGACGCGCAAGCGAGUCUGGAGGACAAGACGAGGGAGGUGGAGAAUCGGUUACAUGCUAUCGCCGAGAGCAGUGCCGAGGCUGAGGAUCUGAAGGAGGAGAAGGAGCAGAUGGAGAUGCAGCUCAAACUCGUGCAGGCGCAUAUGAAGCGGCUCAUCGACGCGCGCGCACGAGGGGAACCGGAGAGUGCUGAUGAUGCGUUCGAGCCGGUGCUGUACUCUGCGAGGCAGUUGAGGUUGAUCAGGAGGGUGUUGGAUAAGUGGAGAGCGCAUAGGGCGUUCAGUAUGGCUGAGACGGUACUGAGCAACGCGGCGCUGCUUAAGGAGGCAAAUGUGCUUGCGCGGGAGUUGCGGAAGGACGUCAGCUAUAACUUCACGAUCGCGUCGGGAGGAGCGCUCGCGGCGCCUGCGUCAAGUCUCGCUGCUAUAGCUGGAUUGGACGACUUUGCGGACGUCGCGGAUCCGGUGCUCGCAUCCGCCACUCAACCUGCCGUCGCGGUGAAAGUGCUGGACUACGCACAUCGCGCAAUAUACGUCUGGUCCCUCGACCGUCUGCAACAACAAGUCCAGCGCAUGCGCAAUCUCACAGCAUUCAUCGAUCGACCCGCAUAUUCCCUUCACUUUUCCGCCGACGAACCGUUCUACAAUGUCCCCGCUCCGGAGUACAGCUUCGUGGGCAACGCGAUGGUGGCGCUCGCCCCGCUCUCGAGGAGACUUUCGUCCACGAGUACGGUCCCGAUCUUUGAUCGGUAUACGGCGGAGGCUAUUGGGAGUUGUAGGGUCGACAUCAAGUUGGUGUCUGUUGUUGCGCCCACUCCGAAGGGCGUGGGGAUGGGCGCGCCAGGGACUUCGGCGGCGGGAUCGGGGGCCUCGACGCGCGCGGGGACACCGAGCACGAUCAACGAGCCCAAACUUCUGCCCGUGGGAAGUAAAGUGAGCUUCUUCCUAACGGUGGACGCCGUCAAAGGGCUCGCGCCGCACGACUUCGCCUCUGCGCACCUUCAGACGCGACUGAGCGCGUUCGUGGGAUCCAGCUUGAAAGCGGAGGAGAUGUACGCAAGCAAUGCUGUGGAUCUGGCCAAGGCACCGCCGAGCGAUUUGAAGUUCAGGAGGGCGUUCUCGUUGGUCGUUACGAGCAAGGUGUUGCAGCAUCUAAGGACGGGGUAUGCGCCGAUCGAGUUGUUUGCGGUGUUAAAGCCGCAGUAUUUGGAGAGGAUGGAGAGGUGGGAUGAGCUGAGGGAGCAGAAGGUCGCGUUCCCACAACGGUCUGGGUCGCCGUCGGCCACUUCGAACGGCAACGGGAAUGCGGAGGACGUACUUUCUCCCGCGGCGUCGUACUCUGCUGUGUCGUCUUCGGCGGCUAGCACGAGUAGUGGACAUACGGGCGGCGGAGCACAACCUCAGCCGACGAUGAGGAGAUCGGAGAACGACUUCGUGAUGGAGCAGACGCACGAUGUCGUGGCGUACCUUCAAGUUCGCGAGCUCGCGCCGGACGGGUCGUAUGCGCCAGUACCACUCCUCACCCAAGGCAACCUUGACCCCGGAGCCUUCAGCUUGCAUCAAGGUCUCCAACGAAGACUGUCGCUCACGCUCACGAGCAAUUCCGGGAAGCAGCUACCGUGGACGGAUGUGGUGCGCGUUAGGGUGGGCAACAUCCGGUCGUUGGACGCGAAGGGUCGGGUGCACGAGAGCUCGAGUCGGCCGCUCGUUACGCUGCCGUUGUUGGCGGAUCAGACGCUCGAGUUCAGACCGGACGGAUCGGCAUUAUUGCAAGCUACAGCGCUCUGGGAUUCUUCGGUCCACGAUAGCGCGCUGCUCAAUCGUGUCACUGCGAACGGGCAGCGGGUGCUGUUGCAGAUCACUUGGUCCGUGGCAGUGGAGAACUGUGCAGAACCGGUUCAGUUCAGCAUGGAUAUGGCCGUCACAAUGCAGACGCGCGACGCGCGACCACCGAGCAAGAUCGUCGCGCUACUGAGCAGCACGAGGAUACUGCAGAAGAGCAGUUCGGUCUUCCGCGUGCGGCUCAGUCCACCGCUCACACGCUCGGCGAAGGAACUCUGGCGGCUCGACACGAGCGAGAAGUACGUUCGCGGCGAGGAGGUGCUCAGUACAUGGCGGCCGCGCGGUCUUUCUGUUGUCGAGGACUACGGAAGGCUCGUUACGAUGGAGCGCCGCGCGGCGGACGUACAGGCUGUGCGAGUCGUACUGGCACAUUCGCCCGCCGGUCAAGCGCAGCUUAGCGCCGAGGCACAACAAUGGGCGCGUCAAGAUGUGUUGGCCAAGGCGCUUACGCUCUGGCAGAAGCGCUUCGGUGCUGUCGGCGAGAUCGUGCUUAGUCAGGAGCCGACGACGCCCGUUACGCCUGCUGUACCAGCAACCCCGCCACGGUCUGCGAGGCUGAGGCGCGAACCGAGGGAAGAGCCUAUGCAACUUGUUGCGAGUACGAAGUUGAUGCCGAGGAGCGAUAUACCGACGAAGAGUGGGCAUUUGAAUGUGUUGCUCGAUGCGACGAAUGAUGUGUGGGAACGGAGAUGGUUCGUUCUUCGAAGACCGUAUCUGCACGUUUACAAGCACUCGAAUGAGCUGGAGGAGAUCUCGGUGAUCAGCUUAGACGGGGUGAACGUCGAAUACAAUCCGGAUCUCGAGUCACUCUAUGGACGCCCAUUCACGUUCACCCUCUUCACUUCUUCCAACUCACACGCCCUUGCCGCUCCAAGUCUGAAAGAGUUACAAUCAUGGACAUCCAAGCUAGACCCUACCCGUCUGCCUUCAUGA